CCGCCAUGCAGGGAUUUUGCAGCCAGUUUUUUCGAAAGCUGCUAAGGAGCAAUCAGUUCCGUCUAGCGGAUCCUCUGAUUCAGACUAGACGUACUUUUAUAACCACCCAUCCUUUGCAUAAUAACCUUCAUGCGAACUUUUCGCCUGAUACUCAGCGACACAUAAAAAACAAUUCAUCACUCUUGCUAGAUCAAUUAAAUGCCCAGGUACAAGCCAAAAAGUACAAGGAAAGCGUUGCCACGUUCGCCGGCCUUAAGCCAUUAGGAAUUUUGGAUUCAUGGACGCUUACUAGAUAUAUUGCUUUUAUUGUAAAUCGCUCAAAAGGAAUCCGUGGUCGUGGAUCUGUAGAUAAAACUACUUUGGAGAAUUUGGAUGAUAUUUUGAAGUAUGCUAUCGAGCAUCAGGAAGUAGCCACGGCUCACUUUUGGUCCAAUAUGAUUAAGUCUUACAUUGACUUGAAUGCAUAUAACAAAGCCGCUUUGAUUGCCGAUAUGGCUCUUAGCCAUAUAGGGUAUUUGCACAAUAACACGAAGGUUCUUUCAAGUCUUUAUUUGGCUAUUUUACAAGCAAGACUGUUAAAUGAGGCAACAUUUGACCAAUGUAGCCAAAUAGGAUCAAUGAUACACGAGCAUCUUGAAGGAAGAGAAGCCAUUGACGAGUUGGUGGCUGUAUACCUGAUUUACUCAGUGUUCCCCGAUCCUCAAAUUCAGAAAAAAGCUCACCAUGCUUUGGUUAAUUUAAAAGGAUUAACCUCUUAUCACUCUGAAAUUAUUUUGUCUGUCUUGGCCAACAGAGAUUGCAUCGAUGACGCUUCUGAUUAUUUACUACACUCGAAACUGGAUGAAUCCAAUCUCCCCUCAGUAUUCACUACAGUAUGGUUUUUGCAAAAAAUGUUUUCCGAACAGCAGUCUGUUGCCCCAUUGAUGCCGAUUUUGAAUUAUCACCUUGAUGUUUCUCCAGGCAGUGUCUCUCGGUUAACGAAUUGUAUCCUUAGUCUUGCUCUCAAGCAACCUAACUUUGAAAGAGAGCGUGGGAAGGUUGAGAGAUUCAUCAACAACUUAUUGAAUCGCGUUUUUGAGGAAAAGCGUUAUCAACCAAGCAUUGGUACCGCAAACAUUUUAUUUACUGUUGCUUCUCGUUUGCGCGAUGAAAAAUGGCUUUUCACUGCGCUUGAUUUGAUUUCGAAUUAUGAGCUGGAACCAACUCAUGUAACGUAUCGCUCUUUGCUGAUUACUUAUUCAUAUUUACCCAGUAGUUAUGAGCAAAUUACUCAAGCUUGGAGUCAACUAGAAGCUGUCUUAUCAGAAAUGGGCGUUCCGGUAACAUCAAAAGAGCUUACAAUUCUGUCCAACUGUGUGAACUCGCAACCAAAUCGUGAAAACCAGGAUGCCUGCUUGGAAUUUCUUGUUCAUCAGUACAGAAAAUAUGAAGCAAAGGAAGUAAACACAUAAAUACCAUGUACUUUUAAUUUUUUUGACGUUUAGUUUAUGGCUCACCUUUUGGAGGAAGAUUUUACGUAUACGAAACUGUGAAAUAUAAUACUGUCUUAUUGUCUUUUGGAUCUAUUACGUCGUUGUUUUCCAUCUCAAAUUAUGGUUUCCUACGUUUAAAUGGAUAAAUAAUUAUGCUGAGUGUACUUGAUUUCGAUGUUGUGAAGAAAAGUUGUUAUAAAGUACAAGCAUAACUCCAACUGUUAAAUUGUUCUACUAAAAAAUAAGUAAUUCCUCCUUCUUUUAUUGAAUUUAAUUAUCUUGAUAAUAACUAAUCAAGUCAUUUGUUUGGGACA